AAAACAUUUUUUGGUUUGUGCCAAGAGUAUACUGCCGUUAUACGCAUAAUUGUCCCAUGUAUAUAGGAAAUCCCAGCAAACAUGGGACAAAUAUGCGUAUGACGGCAGUAUAGUAAUUGAAAUUAAUUGAGAAAAGUAAUAACUCCGCGAAGUUUUGAUGAUCGAAUUUUUAUUAUUCGUUAUGUUGAUUAUUGGUGAUUUCGCUAUUGCCAAAGAAUAAGCGCAUAAUCACAGUUUAAAAAAAAAGUAAUUAGUUUGUGCAAGUAAAGUGGCAUGUUGAUAGUGGAAAUUUGGUAAAUAUUUUUGGUGAUUUCAUUUUUCGCUUGCUAAAGACAAGUUGCACAAUUGAACUGACAAUAAAACUAAAUAAUAGUGUUUUGGUGCGUUUAACAUUUUUAUUCAUGGCGAGUUUUGAUUGUUUGAACAAAAGAUAUAGAACACAAUAAGAAAACAAUAUUAACGCAUUUGCCCAAAAGUACACGCGGCGCUCCCCAAAGGAAACGACGCACCGCGCUUUUUGCUGCCCGUAUACUCGAUUCUUAUGGGGAGAUAACAUUGCGGCGUUUCCUAAGGUGCGGUUGUUCCUGUCGAAUGUGGAACGCCGCGUGGAAUCUUGUGCAAAUGCGCUUUUGGAAACAUCACAACAGCCGCGCGGUGUAUCGUAUUGACAGCACCCUACAAUAUCUAACUUACUUUGAAUGUUUGUCAGAGAAUGUAUUGAACCAUUUCAUUGUUUGCUUUUUUUGUUGAAAACGGCUUUGAGUGACAUUAUAUUGUGUUUUUGUCUUUUUUCUAAAAUUUUGAUGAAUAUGUCCUACGUGGUAGCUCCCAAUAUCGAGCCCUACCGUAAGGGUCAAUCAUUCGCUUCUUGGAUUAAACGUUUAUCGUGCCAUUUCCGAGUGAAUAAAGUUGAAGAAAAUGAGAAAAAAUACCAGAUGUUAUUUUUGGGAGGUGAUUUUUUGCUCGAUAUGGCAGAACAUGGUUGGAAAUAAUGCGACAUCUACUGCCUGUCCGAAUCAAUAUGAGAUCGUUGAGGAUGUACAAAGAUUAUCGGAUCUGCUAAGACCAUCGAUGACUGUGGUUCGGGCCAGGACUUGUCGGCUGCUACUGACUGUCAAUGAAGCCAAGAGUAGUCGGCUGGUGCUGGCUGAUGAAGACCCCAAAACUGGAUGGACGCUACGAGCUAUCGCUGGAUCCGAGAUUGUCGCUAAGAACGAGAUACCAACCAUGGACGAUUUAAAUGUCGGGCUGUUACCGGAUCGGAACGACAACGGAAGAUUAAUAUCUGAUCUGGUAGCGCUUUCUGGCCUACCAAGGCGUUCGGAAAAAAAUUAUAAUAUUUUUUGUUAUAGUGUAGUUCUGGUGGUGCUUUCUGGCUCUACCAAGCCUUUCGAGUUAAGUUACAUGAGUAAUUAUUAGAUAUGUUGAACGU